AUUUCAUGCAUAAUUCAUGAGGCGAUUGUUCACUGUUGGCGCGUCCCCGCUGCUGAGCAACAAGAUGGCGGCCGCCGCCGGAUCAGGCGUGAAAGUCCCCCGUAACUUCCGGCUGCUGGAGGAGCUUGAGGAGGGUCAGAAGGGUGUUGGAGACGGGACGGUGAGCUGGGGUCUGGAGGAUGAUGAGGACAUGACCCUCACACGCUGGAGAGGAAUGAUCAUCGGGCCCCCGAGGACCAUCUAUGAGAACAGGAUGUACAGCCUCAGAGUAGAAUGUGGACCAAGAUAUCCAGAAACGCCCCCUUUUGUCCGUUUUGUGACAAAGAUCAACUUGAAUGGAGUGCAUAACUCAAAUGGUGUGGUUGACAUGCGCGCUGUCUCCUCAUUGGCCAAGUGGCAGAACUCAUACAGCAUCCGUGUGGUCCUGCAGGAGCUGCGACGACUGAUGAUGUGCAAAGAGAACAUGAAGCUGCCGCAGCCUCCUGAAGGACAGAUCUACAGCAACUGAGCUUCUUCUACAUCUCUCUCACACUCUCUCUCUCUCUCUCUCUCUCUCUCUCUCUCUCUCUCUCUCUCUCUCUCUCUCUCUCUCUCUCUCUCUCUCUCUCUCUCUCUCUCUCUCUCUCUCUCUCUCUCUCUCUCUCUCUCUCUCUCUCUCUUCAUCCACAACACAUUCACACACGCAAGGCUGAGCAUUCCUCCUCCUCCUCCUCCUCCUCUUUCUUUCUGGACUCAUGAGAAAUCCUCCGUUCUCCUCUGUUCCUGACACUCCCCCACGUGCUGCAGCAGCCAAUGAGCAGUCCUGCCUCCAGGAGCUCCCAUUGGACAGAAACCAUGGAUGUAGUGGUGUGCACAGCAGAAUACUGUACAUCAUUCUAAUCUCUUUUUUUAUGUUUAUUUGUUAUACAUGCAAAAUUGUAAAAAUAACAAAUGAUCUUAUUGAGUGUAA